GCGGGUCGCCGCCGCUCGGCCUCGGGGAGACAAAGCGCCCGCUCGUCGCCGCCCCCGAGCGGUUCCGGGCCAUGGGCGGGACAGACCGACGCGCGGGUCCCACAGCCAGGCUCCGGAGCUCAGGCUACACACCGGACACUCAAAUCCAGACAGAAAACCCCUCCCCUUCCGGAGCAGGCAUGACUGACCCAGAUGAAGAACUAGAGGUCCAGAGAGGCUGACUGUGUGCCCCCGAGGUGACCCAGCCUGGAGUCUGUGAGCCGACCUGUGGCGUGAGCAGAGCUGGGUCGGCAGCCUGCGGUCAGGUGGCACAGCCUGGCCCUGCAGAGCCGCCACCCAGCCCUCAUCCCUCCAGACCUGGGGUGCAGGCCCCGCGGCCAUGAAGCUCAACGAACGCAGCCUGGCCUUCUACGCGACCUGCGAUGCUCCGGUGGACAACGCGGGCUUCCUGCACAAGCGCGGCGGGCGCGGGGCCGGCUCGCACCGGCGCUGGUUUGUGCUGCGCGGCAACAUGCUCUUCUACUUCGAGACGGAAGCCAGCCGCGAGCCGCUGGGCGUCAUCCUGCUGGAGGGCUGCACGGUGGAGCUGGUGGACGCCCGGGAGGAGUUCGCCUUCGCCGUGCGCUUUGCGGGUGGCCGCUCCCGGCCUUACGUGCUGGCCGCUGACAGCCAGGCAGCCCUGGAGGGCUGGGUGAAGGCCCUGUCUCGGGCCAGCUUCCACUACCUGCGCUUGGUGGUGCGCGAGCUGGAGCAGCAGCUGGCAGCCAUGCGCGAGGGAAGCCCGGCCAGUGCCUUACCCGCCAACCCCAGCCCGGUUUGGAACCCGAGACCCAAGGAGAACGGCCGGGCAGUGUGGAGCGCUCUGCCUGAGCAACCCACUGUAGCCCCCCAGCGGCCGCCGCUGCCACCCCGCCGCAGGACCUCCGCGGCCAACGGGCCCCUGGCAUCCUUCGCCCAGCUGCAUGAGCGAUACGGACUAGAGGUGCAGGCCCUCAGGAACCAGUGGCGCGGAGGCCAGGCAGGCCUCGCUAGCCUGGAGGGCCCCUGGCAUCCUAGUUCUGGUGAGACUCUCAACCCGGACCAGCCCCAAGACAACUACUGACUGUGAGGGGAUGCCUGAGUACCGAAGGCCCUUAAAAUGGCUUGGAUGCCAGCCAGGCUCCCCGGGGGGACCUAGGACAUACGACUCAGGAGACCUGGGCCCCUGGGGUCAGAGGCACUUACUUCUGAGAAGAAUCUGGGAUCUGAACCUGAAGGUGCUUCUAGAGCCCAAGGAGCUGGCUUCUAGAGAACUCUGCCCCAGGGCAGCCUGUGUGUCCUUGACAGCCCUGAAGCUGGCCAUAGGCCAGUGGCACCCAGGGUUCACCUGGUGCCCGGCCUCACAAAGGUCUAAGGCUUGAGCCUGGUAGCUGCUGUCUGGGCUGCUGUGGGCCUAAAGCAGCAGGUAGAAGGUGGGGCUUGAACUGGUUACGUCCCCAAGGCUCCUCCUGGCCUGGAACCAGCUGAGGCAGGACUUUGCCCAGCUUUGCAGGAGGACCUCACAUCUCGGCUUGACAACUCUCACCUGACCUCAGUGCUGGGCUGUGACUUUCUUACAGGUUCACCUGGAGGGCACAGAGGCCUCCAACUGAUUCCAGGUCUGCAGUGGGGGGGAGAGUCCGGGCAUUGUCCCUGGCCAUUGCAGGUGACCAGUGGGCCUCCGUGCUGGGCCUACUUCUCACUCACCACAGUGCUGGCUGCCUUCCAGAGUGUUGGGCAGGUCAACCGGCCCUACCUGGGUCUUGUUUACAGUCCUCCUCUGCCCCGCCCUGGGGACUGGAGGACACUGUCACUCCACUUGCUGCACCCUAUGGACAGAUUUCACCCCGGUCCCUCUCUCUUCUCUGUCCUGGGAGGCCCUGUGCUUCUGUCUGUCGCCAGGGCCUCGUGGCUCCCUGCUGGCUCAGGGGCCAGGGCUGGGCUGUGGGCUGUGUUUUUCUUUGAAGUACAGACGAUACUGUCUUUCUUCCAUUUGUGAAGUAGUCCAUUCUCAUCCAGGCCACUUUUGUUACUGUUGGCUGGCUGGAAAGGGUGGCAUUGUCUCUAGGGAGCCAGGCCCUAACAGGAGACACACAGGCGCCUGACUUGGCCUUUACCUCACCCUCAGUCUCCUGAGCUCAGCUCUGCAGAGGUGGUGCCUCUAGGGACUCGGUCUCUGUCUCUUUAGCUCUCCCACUGUGGGCUCAGGGCUUUCUGGAGUGGCCCAGCUGGAGGGCUGAGGUGUAGACUCUAGUCCCAGAUGGCUUUACAAACUAAAGGUACGAGGCAGGAGGUCACGGGCAAGGGCAGAGAAGUCCCUUUCCCCAAAGCACAAGAUGAAGUCCAGCUGAUUCUGGGGCUGAGAGAGAUAAUCAGUCAUGGACAGGGUACGAGGGCCAAAAUAAAGGCUGGUCGAGUAA